AUGGCGGGUUCGCCGGCCGACACUGCGGGCGCUGCGCCCUCCCAGCAGCAGGCGGGGCCCAGCCUCAAGCGCAAGCGCAUCCGCAUCCCAAAGUCGUGUGCUCGCUCCGGCCAGCCCAGCGAGUGCGUGUACGACUCGCGCCUCGACGCCGUCCCCGCACGCGCACCGGGCCGCAAGCAAAAGGCUGGCUCGGCCGCUGCCGCAGCCACCACCGCCACCAACACCACCACCAGGAGGUCAGCCGGCAGCAGCCGCGAUAAUUCCGACGACGACGACGACGACGACGACGACGCCGACGACGACCAUGGCGGUCAGUUCCGACGCCACGACCAGUAUUCCCACGGUCGCCACGACCACCGACUCACGGCAUCGCAACAAGAGGUGGCCUCGCUCAGAACCCAGCUCGAGGCGGCCAGGCGACAGACGAUCGAGCUGCAGGAGCUCGUCAGAAGCCAGCAGCGCUCCCACCACCAGCAUCAGCAGCACCAGCAUCAACGGCAGCACCGUCCGCAGCCGCCCUACUCGGCGACUUCUGACAGCACCUCGAGCGUCUACCCCGACCCUUACCCUGCCCCAUCGGCGCCGUCGUCGUCGCGGAAGCGCGAUCUUUCCCGCCACAGCGACCUCGAUGCCGUCACUGGCCUCCAGAUGCUCGCCGAAAUGGCGGGUCCAGGAGCCGGACGGCUAGCGGGCGGGCCGGGCAUCGGUCCAGACGGCCUGAUGGGCCCCGCGGGGCAUGCCUACGAUCCACCCGGCCGUCAUGCCAGCCAGCACCACCCUGACGCAGGCUCAGCGGCCUUCUACGACCGCAGCAAGAUGAGCUCGAUCGCGUCGGUGCUCAACUGGCCCGCGGAGGGGUCGAGGCAGCAGUUUGUCCGCGCUGGCGUCGCGGGGACCCACAGCACUGCGCCCGGGCCCACGCCUCCGUCCCGGGCUUCGGUGGGCAGCUCGGGCUUCUCUGGCGGCCUGGUGGCUGCGGCGACGUCGUCGAGCGACCCGGGCCUCUCGCCUUCCUCCGACACGCGAUCCCAGACCUCGACGGCGACGUCGUCCUCCCAGUCGCCCCACGUCCACCUAGCCGAAGCGCCCAUCAAGGACACCGCGUCCCCCGUCAACCGCAACGGCGUGCCAAUCUACUAUGGCGAGGGCACCAGCGGCGACAUUGUCCUGAGGCAGGUCAAGGUCGAACAUGCCGCCGAGCCCGGCGCCCGGGGCACGCCGCCCUUCCAUUCCUCGGGCAUCGGGGGACGGACCUACGGCCGACNGACGCCGCCACGGCGGACUGGCGGGCCGACCGUACUCGUAUAA